AUGGCGGAGGCGCUGCGCUCCCGGCUCGCCCGCGGCCGCUUCUGGGGCGGCUUUGUGUGCGGGGCGGCCCUGGGCGCCGCCGCCGCGGGGCUGGCGACCGCGCAGCGCCGGGAUGGGCCCGGAUCCUUCAGCCCGGCCCCGGCCGGCCCCUCCGAGCCCGCUCGGGAGGAACCAGCGACUGAGUCUGUGCUGGGAAAGUAUGGAUUUCCCGUUGAUGGAACGCAAACAAGAUAUUAUACCAAUCACGUGCUGUCUUAUGACCAAGCAAAACGGGUACCUAAGUGGGUGAUUGAACACAUUUCCAAACACAAGACUGUGGGCGAAGCAGACAGGAAACACUGUAAGUUUAGACCGGAUCCUGGCAUCCCUCCUCUCUUCAGCGCCAUGAAUGAAGACUACCUUGGGAGCGGCUGGUCGCGUGGCCAUAUGGCACCGGCAGGAGAUAACAAAUACUCUCCGAAAGCCAUGGCAGAAACAUUUUACCUCUCCAAUAUUGUACCUCAGAACUAUGAGAAUAACGCUGGAUUCUGGAAUAGAAUGGAAAUGUAUUGCCGCGAACUGACAGAGAGAUUUGAAGAUGUGUGGAUCGUUUCGGGGCCUUUGACGUUACCUCAGAUUGAUGAGGAUGGGAAGAAAAGAGUCACCUAUCAGGUAAUUGGAAAAGACAACGUGGCCGUUCCUUCGCAUCUGUACAAAGUGAUCCUCGCCAGGCGAAGUGCGGCGUCCCCCAGUCCUCUGGGGCUAGGGGCCUUCGUCGUACCCAACAAUCCUAUCGGCUUCGACCAUCAGCUGCCGGAAUUCCAAGUCGGCAUUGAAGAGCUGGAGAAAAUGUCAGGCCUCGUCUUCUUCCCGCGGGUGAAUAAAGACAAGGACGUCAGGGAUAUCUGUGAGAUCGACACGUGCAGACUGAUGAGCUUAAACGAGUUCACUUUGUACAUCGCCGCGCGGAAGCUGCAGAGCGCUCGGACGCUAGAAAGGUUGGGGAAGAUCAUGUCGGAGCUGCAGGAGAAAGGGAUCGAGCCCGAUGAAUAUCUCUUGAAGGUUUACAAGAAGAAAGAGGAAGAAUUAGCAAUGCAGAAGACGACGGAAGCCAGAGAAGGGAAAGCUGGUUAA